GGAUAGGGACACCCAUCGCAAAACAUUUUCUUCCCUCGAGCACGGAGUUGAAGGAGAAAGAGGAAAAUUGAACGUUUAAGCAAUUUCUCAGUGGUAAAGUGUUGGUUGUACUAGGAUUAAGGUUGUUUUACAGGCAGGCAAUACGAUUUUCAAUGUCUGCGACAAGUCAAGAAUGAUUUUCCUCAGUUUAAUGUGAAAUUUGCGACAAUACUGUGCUGAAUUGUUUCCAAUUUGAUCAUGUUUCACUUGCUCAAAUCACUGCGUCUUCUCUCCUGGACUUCCCUCCUCCUCGUCUCCGUUUCUCUGCUCAAGUUCGCCAAUAGUUCGGAGGAUGAGGAGAGACUGGUGCGUGAUCUCUUCCGUGGCUACAACAAACUCAUCCGCCCUGUGCAGAACAUGACACAGAAGGUGGACGUCCGCUUCGGGCUGGCCUUCGUGCAGCUCAUUAACGUGAACGAGAAGAAUCAAAUCAUGAAAUCGAACGUGUGGCUCCGACUCGUCUGGAGUGACUACCAACUGCAGUGGGACGAGGCGGACUACGGUGGCAUUGGGGUGCUGCGCCUGCCCCCAGACAAGGUCUGGAAGCCAGAUAUCGUGCUCUUCAACAAUGCUGAUGGCAACUACGAAGUCCGCUACAAAUCCAACGUGCUCAUUUACCCAAACGGCGAGGUUCUGUGGGUUCCUCCGGCUAUCUAUCAGAGCUCCUGCACCAUCGACGUCACGUACUUCCCGUUCGACCAGCAGACAUGCAUUAUGAAGUUCGGCUCGUGGACCUUCAACGGUGAUCAAGUCUCGCUGGCGCUAUACAACAACAAGAACUUCGUGGACUUGUCGGAUUACUGGAAGUCAGGCACGUGGGACAUCAUCGAGGUGCCGGCGUACUUGAAUGUCUACCAAGGCAACGGCAAUCAUCCCACUGAGACAGACAUCACAUUCUACAUCAUCAUCCGGCGCAAGACUCUCUUCUACACGGUCAACUUGAUCCUGCCCACGGUGCUCAUCUCCUUCCUGUGCGUCCUCGUGUUCUACCUGCCCGCGGAGGCGGGCGAGAAGGUCACACUUGGUAUCAGUAUUCUCCUCUCACUGGUUGUGUUCCUCCUGCUGGUGUCGAAGAUUCUGCCGCCGACAUCUCUGGUGCUUCCGCUGAUUGCCAAGUACCUCCUCUUCACCUUCAUCAUGAACACCGUGUCCAUUCUCGUCACUGUGAUCAUCAUCAACUGGAACUUCCGUGGCCCGCGCACCCACCGCAUGCCCAUGUACAUCCGCACCGUCUUCCUGCACUAUCUGCCCGCUCUGCUGCUCAUGAAGCGCCCCCGCAAGACUCGCCUGCGCUGGAUGAUGGAGAUGCCCGGCAUGAGUGUUCCGCCGCACCAGCAUCCCUCCUACGGCUCACCCACUGAGAUUCCCAAGCAUCUGAGCGCCAUCGGAGCGGCCAAGCAGGCCAAGAUGGAGGUGAUGGAGCUCUCAGACCUGCACCAUCCCAACUGCAAGAUCAAUCGCAAAAUGAACACGGGACCCGAGCUCGGUACCCUCGGGGAUCCAUGUCGCCGGGAGAGCGAGAGCUCUGACUCCAUCCUCCUGUCGCCGGAGGCCAGCAAAGCCACGGAAGCUGUCGAAUUUAUCGCUGAGCAUCUCAGGAAUGAGGAUUUGUACAUUCAAACGCGAGAAGACUGGAAGUACGUGGCGAUGGUGAUUGAUCGUCUGCAGCUCUACAUCUUCUUCAUAGUCACAACAGUGGGCACCGUGGGCAUCCUCAUGGACGCACCCCACAUAUUUGAGUAUGUAGAUCAAGAUCGCAUCAUUGAAAUCUAUCGUGGCAAGUAAGAUUCUCACGAGAGAGGCAGAAAAAAAGUAAUGGAAAAUACCAAUUACAGUAGAAAUACGAAAAAAACACGUGUUAUGAAGCAGUUAACGAUCAAUGAACAGUUAAAAAAUAUCAUGAUAAAAAUAUAUAGUAAAAAGUGGAUAAGAAGUUUUGUUGGAUAUUUUAUGAGCGACGCUUUUCAUGAGCCUGCAACACUUUCACUUCCCCAAAAGACACACACAUACACACCUUAAUAAAAUGCUCUUCCAAAAAGAAUAGAUUGAGAAAUAAAUAAACAAGCAGAUAAUUAGAUAAAAUUAUUGAAAAAGAAGGAAAGAGGUAAAUAUUAAAUAUUGAACGAAUAUUAAAGUGAAGAUGAACUCCCUUCGUAGAGUUAGUGAUUUUUAUCAAAGGACAUCUUUUCAAAAUAAUCAUUAGUUUUCUUGUUAUCAAUAUAAUGCAAGGUCUGUCCAGGGUCAAAUAGUCUCUGUCGCAGUCGAUUCAGGCCAGAUCGUGUGCAGCAUAAAUUCUUCCAACGAAAAUCCUUGUGAUUUAUUUGCGACGAAAUUUGCCAAAAAAUGUAUUUUCUAAGAGUGGUUCUGCAUUCAAAGACGUUUUUUCUAUAGAAUUCUUCUUAUGACUUUUACCAAAAAGGCAAAAUGUAACUCUUUUGCUCAUUUGAUGUGUGUUCAAGUACCCCCUUUUUAGCGAUGAGGAAAUACUAUGAAAAAAAUAAUGAAUUUUGAACCAAUGAGUAUGUGUUGAACAUGAGACAAGAUUGCACAAUAAUCUCCCUAGCGAAUUGAUUGUUAAGAACAUGAAAACAAGUAAAGAAUAUUAAAUAAUGAAACCCAUACGUAUGUGAAAGGAAGUAUUUAGUGGAUGGUGGUAAAAGAUAUUUAUGAAAUAAUCUGAGAUUUUAUAUACACAAAACACUUUGUUCUUCACUCACAGAUCUUUGAGUUUUUCGAUUUAUCACUUGAGAUUUUAUAUAGUUUUUUUUCUGAAAUUGUUGUAUAAAAAAAACUACUAAAACUCAGAGAAGAAUUUGUUGAGAAUAAUAUUACCAAAAUGGAAAAGGAAACUGAGGUUGAAAAAAGACAUCAAGAGCAUGAUGAGAUUCUCCAAUGAGAAAAUAGUUAAAUGUAACAAGUUAACGUUUAAAGUUUCUUUUUUUGUACUUUUCCACAGAUAUUGAAAGAAAAUCGUAAUUAUGAAUUUAAUGAGAAAAAUGUAACUAAUUUAUUGGCACGAGAAAAAUGUUAGAGAAAUAAAAUACUUGGAAUUGAAAAGAAAAAAAAAAAGAAUU